CUCACAGCAAUAGCACAAGACGUCUGCUGCCUCCCUGCAUGUCACUGAGCUGCACCUGACCUCCUGGACCCUGAAGACCACCCUGAAAUCCCCAGAGAGAAAGAGAGAGCAGAAAUUUUAAUGCAUAGAGCCAGAAGGGCUUCAGUCAGUUUCGCUCCUGCUUCUACUGCAAAAUGAAGACGAAGACAAGAGCAGCAAGACGAAGGCUGGAGAUUGAACUGGAAGAUGAGGAUGAAAGUGUGUCACAGCAGACGUCAAGUGAGGAUGAUAAUGAUAAGUGUUUUGUGUAUAAAGAGAGGAGUAAAGGGAAGAGUCAGGAGUCCGGGAAGAGCACGAGGAAAAGAAGGCAGAUGUCACAAGGGAAGGAACAUAGUGUCCGAAGACUGGAGAGCAAUGAACGGGAAAGACAAAGGAUGCAUAAACUGAACAAUGCAUUUCAAGCACUUAGAGAGGUCAUUCCACACGUCAGAGCAGAAAAGAAACUCUCCAAAAUUGAGACGCUGACUUUAGCUAAAAAUUACAUCAACACAUUAACUUCUACCAUACUGAACAUGUCCAAUGGAUGCUUGCCCACUGUUCAGGACACUGGCUCUGGCCGCAAUGGCAGUAAGUUUUACAAGCAUUACCAGAAACAACACGGAGAGGAGGACAAUGAUGAACACUUAGAAAAAUACUCCACACAAAUUCACAGCUUUAGGCAGGGCAGUUGAUAAAUCCGGUAUAUUUUUUUUUACUUUCAUACUAGGCACAUUCUCAGAAAUACGAUAUAUUCAAAAUAACAUUUUGCUACUACAGUGUACCAAUUAUAUAGAUAUAUUGCUUGUCCACCCACCAGCACUUUACACAGCCGUUCAAGAAAUCAGUUCAGGUUUUCAUUCCGGAUAAUUGAAGUUAAAUAUGAUUUUAUUUUGGGGAUACUUACGUAAG